AUGGAUGCACCAAACUCUUCCAACAAUACGAUAUUUAUUAAAAAAGCGGUGGAUUUCCGGCCUAAAGGACAAAUUACUCAUUUGUGCUCCAGCAAUGGGGAAAUGUUAUUGGUGAUUGGUGCGCGGCAACUUCUCCAUUAUCCUCUACAAAAUGUCAGCCGACAAAUUGAUGUUGUAUUGCCGCUUUUAAUGCAUGAUCGCAUUGCUUAUGUUCAUCUCAGUCCUAGUGGCCGUCAUGCAAUUAUAAGUACGACUGGUGCUGACAAUUUCUAUUUGAAUUUAAAGAGUGAUUUGCCAAAACAACUAAAAAAGUUGAAAGGGAAUGUUAUCAGUUCUGUUGCUUGGAACAUGGAAUUUUCAACUGAUGUAGACACUGGUUUUAUUAUAUUGGGCACUACAAAAGGAUCUCUGUUUGAAACAUCCAUCAGUACAAGUGGAUCACUCAAUUAUCUUUGUGAACUGGCCGCUAACAUAAGUGGUGUGAAGGAUUUUUCUGUGACUGGGAUUGAGAUGUGCCUUUAUGAAAAUGAAGAUGGAAAAUAUAGAUGUGCUCUCUUUAUCUGUUUUCCCGGAAGGUUAUAUUGCUUGAGAGAAGAGAUCAAUGUCAAACAUGAUGUUGUUGGAUUACAGCCUGUUGUGAGCUCAAUAUGGAGUUCUGCAUUUGUUGAGCACUCCUCUGCAAUUUUACAACCAUUAUUUACAUCAAAAGCACCAUUUCGUUUCCAUUCAAUGGAUGAUGGACAACGUAAUUUACCUAGCGCUUUUGUGGUGUAUCCCAAAAUAGGCAGUGAUCCACCAACUGCAUAUUGUUGGAUUGGAGCUGAUGGGUACACAUUAGGACGGAUAAAUUUAAAAGCUUCAGUGGCAUAUGAUAUGAUCAUUGAGGAUGUGCACAUACAACACCAUUUAGUUGAUGGGCGUUACAGUUAUCCACUUGAUGUCGCAUUAACAGAAUAUAAUGUUUUACUUCUGUAUACCAAUCACAUCGAAGCAAUUUCAUUAUUGAAUCAAAAGCGAACAUUUGAAGAUAUUAUUGGAACAGAUUCGGGUCAAGUAAAAGGCAUGUAUCGUGACGUUGUUUCUGAAAUGGUUUGGGUAUAUACAGAUGCUACAGUGUGGAAGUACCGCCCUAAUGAAGAAUUCAGGGAUAUUUGGAAGAUUUAUUUGGAACGAGGAGAGUAUGAUAAAGCACGGACAAUUACAAAAAAACUGAGUGAUCAGGCACCUCAUCAACUGGUUUUGAAAAAGGAGGCAGAGAAAUAUAUUGCGGAAAAAAACUUCUCUGCUGCCGCAGAAGUUCUUAUAGAAUCAACUGAUCCGUUUGAAGUUACAUUGCUUAAAUUUCUCUCUAUCAAAGAGGAUCGAAGAGUUGGUCUCAAGCGUUACUUGGAACUUAAAUUGAACUCGAUGUCAUUGUCGGAGGAUAAAAUACGUCGAGAUAUUCUAGUUAUCUGGUUGUUAGAAGUACAGUUGACAGAAUUCGCUGAAUUACGUCGGCAUGGUAAACAAACACAAUUAGAGAUUUCUAAUUUGUCUGCAGAAGCUGCAGUAGUAGAGCAAAGAAUUAAAAAUAUGCGUCAGCAGAUUGAAUUGUUUCUUGGUCGACCCAUUGUUGAGGCAACAGUAGAAGCAAAUCGGGAUGCAAUUUAUCGCUUGAUUACUUCGCAUGCGCAUUUUGAUAUUCAGCUGUAUCUUGCUAGACGAUUGAAAGAUUACGAAACUAUGGUAAACAUUUACUUGUUGCAAGCAGAGUAUAAAGAAGUCUUGGAACUAAUACAUAAUCAGCAUAUUUUGGAGCUCUAUUAUAAACAUUCUCCAACGUUAAUUGAAGAAGUACCGACGGAAUUGAUAUCAGCUUGGAUCGUGGAAGGUAAGGCACUUGUUUCGGACCGCCUAUUACCAUCAUUGUAUCGUUGUCAGGACGUGUCAAAGACGAAGAUGGUCACUGCUGCAUUGAAAUAUCUUAAUUUUGUUAUAAAAGAAAAUUGGGCGAGUCGAGCAAUGCAUAAUUUUAUGAUUACUUUAUCUGCUGAAUUUAAGCCGGAAGAACUUUUGGAUUAUUUCCAAAAAUACGGUUAUGAUAAAGACUUAAUACCUUAUGAUGUUGAAUAUGCUUUGAGAGUGUGUGUUGGAAAAACUACUUUGAAGCGAUGUUGUGUUCUGCUAUAUUGUGUGGCUGAACUGUAUGAGGAAGCUGUAUCUUCUGCUUUAACGAUUGAUGUUGAAUUAGCGAAAAGUUGCGCAAAACAAAUGGUGAAGGUCGUCGAGAAUGAAUAUGAUUUUUUAUUACCUAAUUCAGUUAAUUCUAAAUUUUCGGCAGACUUUCGACGAAAAGUUUGGUUGCAAAUAGCGCGUUAUGUGAUUGAAAAGCAAGGAGAUGUGGCUGCAUCUGUGAGUUUGCUAAAAGAGUCUGAUAAUGCUAUUAAGAUACAGGAUUUAUUGCCAUUCUUCCCAGAGUUUGCCACUAUCCAGUAUUUCAAGAGGCCACUUUGUGAAUGUCUGAAAGAACAUUCUGGAAAAAUUAAGCAGCUUCAAGAAGAAAUGAAAAAUGCUACAAAAAUAGCGCAACGAGUUCAUAACGAUGUGGAAAAAAUGAAAAACAGGUUCACCAUAAUUCGUGCCAAUGAUCAGUGUGCUUCAUGUUUGAAACCUGUGGUGACUAAGCCAUUUUAUGCAUUUACUUGUCGACAUUUUUUCCACAAGGAUUGCCUAGAAAUGGAAAUGAAAUCUUCUUGGACUUUAAAAGAACAAGAAAAAUACUCAAGUUUGCUUGAAAAAGAAAAGAUAUUACAGAAACAGUUAGAAAAAUCCACGGCAUCUCCAAACGUGGCAUCAAGAAAAAUUAAAGAAUAUCAAGAAGAGCUGAAGCUUGUUGGUGAUAAGAUUAGUGAUAUGAUUGCUGGUGAUUGCAUGCUUUGCGGUACGAUGAUGAUUGAGUCAGUCGACAAACCAUUUUUUGAAGAAGAUGAAUACGAGAAAGAAAUGGCUACCUGGUGAUU